UGUAUUUUAAGUUGAGGAUGUGAUUUUUGUUUUCAAAAUGGCUGCCUAUGGAACAUUUAUCCUUCGCACCUGCACAAAAUGUACAAAAAAUGUUUUACCAGUGUUUUCACGGUUAACAACUUGCCAAGAAAACACUGUGUUCAAAUUAACGACUGCUCGAUUCCUUUCAUCAUUAACACAUUUGCAAAAAGCAAAAUAUACACCAAGAGAGAAACCAGAAUACAUUGAAAAUUUUGAAGUGUCGUACGAUGAGUUUAAAUAUGUUGAGCCGCUUCUUCCCAAAGCUGUUGUCCCUGAGGCACCUCAGCAUGAAAUGUAUCCCACAGCCUCUGGCUGGGUCCCACCCAAUGAUGAGCUGAUAUCCAAGCAAACGUUUUUAGUGCGUCGAACCAAGAACCAUAUGUUGCCAGUUUAUCCAGAGAAAUCAAAACGAAGAGUGCAAUUAACAUGGAAAAUUAAUCAUUCUGUCAUCAUAAAAAAAAUUGAAGGUGAUAUAUGGUCAUUAGAAUGUCAGCUGAGAGAGUAUCUUCAAAAUAAAACUGGCAUUACAAGAAUCAGGACACAGGUCCAUGAGGUUGCUCGGUUCAUCCGUAUCCGAGGAAUGCAUACGCCAUUAGUUGCAGAGUUUUUGUUGGAAAGAGGAAUGUAGUUGUUACUUUUGUGGAUAGGAAGAAACAAUAAAGUUUUAUAGUCUCUA